CAGGUCUGCAUAUUGUCAAGGACCGUUCGGGGCAACGCGUUCUGAUUUUCCCUCUGCAUGAUGAGAGGAAGAGGCGACGCCGUGUUGGAAAUUGGGAGAGAAAAGUAAAAGGAUGUAAAGAGGAAAGAGGAAAGGAGGAGUGAAAAAAAUGUAGAGGACACGAGGAGGGGUAACGGGAGGUGGGGAGGGGAGCGCUUCUAUUUUUUCUCCCGGAUCCCGCCCUUCUGGUCAGCGGUUGGUCAGGAAUACCACAGCUCCCGUGCACUGAUUGGUCGCCCCUGCUCUUGGACGGACAGGAAUCGUCUCAGCUCGCAGACACAAUAAAGUUUAGUGCUGGACGGAGUCGAGCAGUCGGCGCAAAGAACCCAGAUCGGUGUGCGUCGUAACGCAGAGGCUGCGCGUCCCCACACGGAGUGAACACUGUCGGGCUAAACAAGGACUCGGCAACUUUUGUAGAUGUGCUUUUUUUUUUUUUUUUUUUUUAUUUUAAAUCCAGCUAUCGGGGACACUUGUUUUGGUUGCGCACACUUCCCAGGAUUUACGAUUUUCUGGAUAUUUCAUCCAUUUAUUGGCUCCGAGGUUGGAUGUAAACGCAGCUCCCACAACGCACGGACUUUAACCACGCACUCUGUGACUACACAGAAAGAAACAAAAACAAAAACACCCACUGUGGUUUCCAGAGUAUCCCAGCGCAACUUCGUUUUGCGGGGGGAAAAAAAAAAAAAUUAGAUUUGUUAAUAUUUACAGAGAGAGCAGCCGCUCAGGGGUCGCGGUCACCAUGCCCGGGAUGAUGGUUUCACUGACGGGCACUGCUUUCCUCCUGCUGGCCGGGCUGUCCGCUUCGCUGCGCCCGGUGCAGGCAUUCGGGGACGAGGUGGACGAGAUGACCUGCGACCCGAUCCGCAUCAGCAUGUGCCAGGGUCUCGGCUACAACGUCACGAAGAUGCCCAAUUUGGUGGGAAACGUGCUGCAGUCGGACGCGGAGCUGCAGCUGACCACCUUCACGCCGCUCAUACAGUACGGCUGCUCCAGUCAACUCAAGUUCUUCCUCUGCUCUGUCUACGUGCCCAUGUGCACUGACAAGGUGCCCAUCCCCAUUGGACCGUGCGGAAGCAUGUGCCUGUCGGUCAAGAGGAAGUGCCUCCCAGUUCUGCAGGAGUUUGGCUUCGUUUGGCCUGAGGUUCUCAACUGCAGCCUGUUCCCACCUCAAAAUGACCACAACCACAUGUGUAUGGAGGGCCCGGUGGACGAGGACCCGCCCUACCAGCCGGUCCACACGCUCUCCUUCCAGGAGGAGUGUCAGGCCCUGGGCUCGGCUCCUGACCAGUACACGUGGCUGAAGCAGACCGAGAGCUGCACGCUGCAGUGCGGCUAUGACAGUGGUCUCUACCGACGGGGGGCCAAAGUUUUCACCGACGCCUGGAUGGCGGUCUGGGCGGUGCUGUGCUUCGUGUCGACGACGCUGACGGUCCUGACCUUUCUGUUGGAUUCACAGCGUUUCUCCUACCCUGAGCGGCCAAUCAUCUUCCUGUCCAUGUGCUGUAACCUGUACAGUGUCGCAUACUUAGUACGAUUAACUCUCGGGAGAGAACGUGUCUCCUGUGACCUGGACGCCACAGCCGUACCAAUUCUAGUACAGGAAGGGUUAAAGAGCACCGGCUGUGCCAUCGUCUUUCUGCUCCUCUACUUCUUUGGCAUGGCGUCUUCACUAUGGUGGGUCAUCCUGACCCUCACCUGGUUCCUGGCUGCUGGACUGAAGUGGGGCCACGAGGCCAUUGAGAUGCACAGCUCCUACUUUCAUAUAGCAGCCUGGGCUAUUCCGGCCGUUAAGACUAUCGUCAUCCUCAUAAUGAGGCUAGUGGAUGCAGACGACCUGACUGGACUCUGCUACGUUGGCAACCAACAGCAGGAGGCGCUCACGGGCUUUGUGGUGGCCCCUCUGGCUUCAUAUCUUCUUAUAGGCACUUUGUUCAUCUGUGCCGGUUUGGUUGCUCUGUUCAAAAUCCGCUCCAACCUGCAGAAGGACGGUGCCAAAACUGACAAGCUAGAGCGUUUAAUGGUGAAGAUAGGCGUCUUUUCUGUCCUCUACACCGUCCCGGCAUCAACCGUCAUCGGCUGUUACCUGUACCAGCUGUCACACUGGGGGGAUUUCAGGGCAAACACCAGGGACUCAUACGUGGCAUCGGAGAUGCUUCGAAUCUUUAUGUCCUUGCUGGUUGGAAUCACCUCCGGCAUGUGGAUCUGGUCCGCAAAAACACUGCACACCUGGCAACGCUGCUCCACCCGCCUGAUCAGGGACAGCAGGGCGAGCCGAGCGGGCAAGCGAGCACCGGGGGAGGGCUGGAUCAAGCCGGGAAAAGGAAACGAGACUGUGGUGUGAGGAAGGGGGACUCGGGAGAGAGUGGACAUGUUCGUACUUGGACCAGCUUCUCCUCGGUCUGCCUCACAAUGGACAGCAAGCUCUGACCGUCGGGGGCAAGGCGAGAGGAUAAUUGUGGCGGUGUCAAGACGUCGCAUCAUCAGGAAAAGAUUGCAGGGAGUCCACAGGUAACCUCACACUCACUCGGACCCACUGUGGAGUCGGGAAGGAGAAACGAGGAGGAACGAGCACCACGUGGAGGUCAAACAGGGGCCUCACUACCUCUGUCCCACCUUUCCUUCACCGGCCAGACAAAGACGGCACAACCAUGAAGGAGACAGAGAGACGGAAAGGCCGAACAAAAGCAUCAAUAUGCAGAAGACGCAUCAAUAAGCUUCGUAGCACCACGUCUACCUCUGUCUCUCUAUUCUCUAGAGUCCCCGGCAGAAGAGACUGAACCUGCUGGAUACACUCAGCCCCCGAGGCCAUCGGAUUUUUUUUAAGGGUCUUUUGGAAUUUUAAAUUCAUACACUGGAGGGUCCUGAUGCAGAUCUGACACAGAGGCUGCAUUUCCCCGAGAAACAAAAAAAAUCCAGAAAGUUCUUGUCAAAACUGAAGGGACAGUCCCAGUUGUAAAACCCAGACCUUUCAUUCUGCCCAUGUUGGUUUUAUUAUUAAACCAUAUUCUAUGUUUGUAAAUUUGACUUUUUUUGUACGUUACAACGGAAGGCUUUGGAAAACCAGCUCUAAGCUGUAAUAUGCACUAAAAUAUAUCCAAUAUGUGACUUGUGCAGGAAGUGGUGGAACGAAUAGGGAAGUCUUCACAGAGCCUGUUUAAAGCACACCACAGCCGGUAAUGCUGCACAUAUGAUUCAUUUGGAUUAAUUUGGCUUAUUGUUCAUGACCGUGGGUGGUAUUUUUAAGUGAGAAAAAAAAAAAAAAAAAACCCAAACUGUGUUAAUUCAGCAACUAAGAGGCCAUUCAAGCGUUAAUUUGGGGAAUUACCAAACUGUGCCUUUAGUUUCCCACGUACAGUGUUCACGAAACGUCGCGCUGACUGGACGCAGAAGCCCAGACCUGUAAACAUAGCUCUGUAUGUGCCCCGGAAUUAACCGUGAAAUCCAGGAAAUUAAAUUAUUCUCCGUGCAGUCUCUGCAGAGAUGAGGAGCUGGAGAGGUUGAGGACGAGUGCCACAGGACUCUAACGUGAAGCAAAAACAAGAUGCGAAGAGAAGUGAUUGCCGAGGAAUGUCACUUGUAAAAAUGUAGCUACAGAGAGAAAACAAAACAAAACAAAAAAAGCCCUAAUAAGGCCUGUUACUUCCUAAAUGGUUUACAGUAUCAAUCAUAAAAAAAAAAGGAAUCGGACUCGGAUUGUUUUUAUUUCUGUCAGGCCGAUCUUCUCAGACGGUAAAAAUGAUCAUUUCAUUUUCAAGUAGACGGAUAAUUUGAUUUAAGUCACGGCAUUUUCUUCCUGUACAAAAUCACAUUGUUUCCUAUUUUCUAAUUUCGGUUUUAAUACAAACGCCUCUGUACUGCUAACAAGAGCUGCCACCCAAAAUCCUGCGAAUGUUCCUGUGCACUGUGGAUUUGCAUGACAAUCUAUGAAACAAAGCUGUUGCAUCUUAGCAAUACUCUGAAUGUAUUCUGUAUUCUGUUGCGACUGUGUACCAAGUUUUUUUUUGUGUGUGUGUGUUUGUUUUUGUACCUCCAACUAAGCAAAGAAAAUUGGUCGGAGCAUUUUUUAAAUGUAGGAGGGCUGGAGUCUUUUCAGGGAUUUGCCUUAUCGUGUCUCAUCUAAAACCAGUAAGUGCCUCUCACAGGCAGGUUUAUUAUUAAGUUAAUCAUCAAAUCUCAGACAGGAGACACAUUUCCCA